AUGUCUAAAGCACCCCUCCUGCUGCUCUGGGCUGCCCUGGUACUGAGCAGCCAUGCACACGGAGCCGUGCUGAGAAAGGAAGACAUGUGGAAGCCGCUGAGCAACCCCAGAAACAGAGAACUGUUUUUCAGAAGCCUCCAGGCCUAUUUUAAGGGUCGAGGACUCGAUCUUGGGAGCCUUCCAAAUGCCUUCCCCAUGGAUGAGGACCCCAGACCUCUCCCUUUCCAGGCGGAACGUAUCGCUUCUGCAUUUGCAGAUUACGAAGAGCAGAAAAACUCCCUCCCUAGUUCCCACAAGGGCUGA